AUGGUUGAAGCUCCACCUCCCGUGGAAAGACUUCUGGGUGACUAUGGAGGUGUAAAUGCUCUGACUGGAAGGUUAAUAAUAGUAAACCAACCGGUGAAUGUUGAUCAUUUUCAGCUACACCUUUUAACGAUUUGCCAACUCGAAAGGAGACCGUUCUCCAGAAAAAUCAAUGAAGAUGCCAAUAAGAAUUUACAAAGAUUUCUAACCAUGACGACAUCGUUGAAAAUUGAGGGACACUCAGAAGAAGCUAAAAAGUUGGUGAUGUUUCCGUUUACAUUAUCAGAAGAUGCCGAAGAGUGGUUUUACUCUUUACCCGCGGGAAGCAUUACAGCUUGGCAACAAAUGGAGACAACAUUUUUUAAUGAGUACUUCCCUGCCUCUGUUUAUAUCUGUUCUCAAACACCGGGUGGAUUACCGAGUGCUAUAGUUACAAAUCUGCGAGAGUAUAAUAAUGUGAGUGCUGUAACCAUAAGGAGUGGUAAAUCGAAAGAAGUCCCUGAGAAAGAUGACGACCAAGAAGACCAAUUGCUUGAAGUUGAGUUGGAAAUAAAAGAAAAUGAGGUUGUGAAUGAAGAGGUGGUGGUGCCUAAACUGGUGGUUAAAGAAAAAGGUAUGAAGAUUCCGGUGAAGAAGAAAGAUUGA